AACAUUCGUGUAUUGGGGCAUUGAUCAAGCCACCAAAAGUUGGUAGUUGCACCAGAUCCCUUUCUCUCUCUCACUGUGACCACUCUUUCUUCCAAAUUAGCUCACUCUCUUCACCUACCCCAAUACCCUUCCUCUUUUAUUCUCCAUUCCAUUCCCUUCAUUCUCUUUAUCCUAUCUAACACAAACCCAUCAUGGAUUUUUUACAAACACCAGAAAAUCAGAUACUUGUUGGUGUUGUUGUGGCUGUUGUAGCCAUUGGUGUUGGUGCUGUCUAUCUCUUUUCAUCUAAAAAGUCCAAAGCUUGCUUGAACCCAGAGCAGUUCAGGGAGUUUAAACUUGUUAAGAAAGCACAGCUGAGCCAUAAUGUUGCAAAAUUCACGUUUGAACUCCCAACACCUACUUCUGUUUUGGGACUUCCAAUUGGACAACACAUAAGUUGCAGGGGUAAGGAUGCUCAAGGUGAUGAGGUUAUCAAACCAUAUACUCCUACAACUUUGGAUUCUGAUGUUGGACAUUUUGAACUAGUUAUCAAGAUGUACCCUCAAGGAAGGAUGUCACACCAUUUCCGUGAGAUGCGUGUUGGUGACUCUCUUGCUGUGAAAGGACCAAAGGGACGUUUCAAGUACCAACCGGGUGAGGUUAGAGCAUUUGGAAUGCUUGCCGGAGGGUCUGGAAUCACUCCAAUGUUCCAAGUAGCUAGAGCUAUAUUAGAAAACCCAAGCGACAAGACCAAGGUGCAUCUUAUCUAUGCCAAUGUUACAUAUGAGGACAUUCUUUUGAAGGAAGAACUUGAUGGCCUUGCUAGUAACUAUCCGGACCGAUUCAAAAUAUACUAUGUGUUAAAUCAGCCUCCUGAGAUAUGGGAUGGCGGCGUUGGAUUUGUAUCAAAGGAGAUGAUUCAAGCACAUUUGCCUCCUCCAGCACAAGAUAUUAAGAUUCUGAGAUGUGGCCCGCCACCAAUGAACAAGGCAAUGGCUGCUCACCUUGAAUCCCUGGAAUAUGCUCCUGAGUCGCAGUUCCAGUUUUGAUCGUCUUCAUUCAGCAUGGUGCUUCAUUCAGCACGGUGCUUAACAUUGCAUUUCACGGCCUUAGCUAUUUAAGAAACUGAUUGCAAAUUAUUUUUCUUUUGGUUAAGAGUCUAGGAAACAUUGGAUCUACUGUGCAUUUAGUUUCACAACUUUAUUGAGUUUUGAAGUCUGAAAUAAUUGCUUUUUUCAUUUGAUAAUGAGAUAUUGAGAUUGAUACA